AUGUACCCAAAGAUCAAGUACGGAGGAGUCCCAAAUGACCUUUCCGACGACUCUGAUGAGCCGACGCCUCGUUUCCUUCGCGCUCCCGGCAAACGUCCAGCACGCACAUACACCCUCAUUUUUGCACUCAUCUGUUCUCUCGUGACUUCCAAUGCCCUUACUUGGUUCUGCACUGCGAAGUUAUGGAGAUCCAAUGAUGUCCAGAGAGCCACUGAUGCUUGGGAGAUGGUCCAUGUCGAAGAUGGCUUGGGACUGCCUACUUCGCGUUCGACAUAUGGUAUGCUUGUACCCAUCACGGGUGGUCAAAUCAUGCUAAAUUCCGUUCUAGCUGGUCUCGUCUACGACACCGCGGCUCUCUUAGAAUCCCACACUCCAUACACCGAUCACAAUGAUACUUUGCGUGACCAGAUGUGGCUCGAUAUGGAUUUAGACGCCGGGAUGGUAGCCCUGGGUGAUGCUGAUACGGCACGCUGGGGCUUGCCAGAGGGGCAAAGGUUCCCCUGGGACGACUCCAAGAGCAUCUACCUCUUACAAGCCCACCACAGUCUACACUGCGCGCGCUCCAUCUACAUUUCUCUCAUGGAAUAUCGUAAAGGACUUCGACAGAGCCGAAGACAUUCGCAUAUCAUUCAUUGUCUCGAUACACUACGUUCCGACACACUUUGUUAUGCAGACGAUACUCCGAGAAGGACGAGCGGCGAUAUUCAUCACGAGGGAGAGACUGGCUAUGCGCAAUACCGCAAAUGUCGCAACUUUGACAAGCUGGAUAACUGGGCCAAGCAACACACGGCCUGCUUCCGCUACGACCACGAGGCCGAAGGUAACGCCUAUCCGGAGAUCCAGAGGUUCGUAUGGUGCCCUGAGGGAAGCCCAUAUCGGAAGGAAGUUGACAAAUACUUCGUGGUCGACUACGAUACCCCAAGGGGUAAUGGUAUCAUUUGA